AUCGCCCAGGAAUGUGGACAGUACUCCUCUCUGGGUCAGGAUCUGGUGGCUAUGUGUGUCAAUGAUGUGCUGUGGUCAAGGUGCUGCACUGUCUACCUACUCUUUAAUGCCACUUCUUGUCAUACUUACAGAUCGCCCAGGAAUGUGGACAGUACUCCUCUCUGGAUCGCCCAGGAAUGUGGACAGUACUCCUCUCUGGGUCAGGAUCUGGUGGCUAUGUGUGUCAAUGAUGUGCUGUGUCAAGGUGCUGCCCCUCUGUUCUUCCUUGAUUAUUUUGCGUGCGGCCAUCUUGCAGUGAAUGUUGCCGGAGAGUUUAUCAACGGUGUUGCUGAAGCAUGCAACCUAGCGGGGUGUGCUCUUGUAGGUGGAGAAACAGCAGAAAUGCCGGGAUUGUACAAGGAUGGAGACUUUGAUGUGGCAGGAUUUGUGGUGGGAGCUGUGGAGCGAAAACACUUAUUACCCCGAGUGUCGGAGAUUAGCGCCGGAGAUGUGGUGAUCGGAGUGCCCUCCUCUGGUCUACAUAGCAAUGGGUUCAGUUUGGUCCGCCGAGUCAUGGACCUGCAUGGCCUCUCCUACGAUAGCCCGUCUCCUUUUAGUGACAAGGACUCUUGGUUGAAGGCCAUCGCCCCACAUCACCGGUGGAGGUUUAGUGGAGAAUAUCCCUCGUGUACUGCCCUCAGAUGUCUCUGUGCGUCUGGACCGCAUCUCACUGGCCUUUACCACCCGUCCUUCGGUUGGCUCGCAGUUGCAGGUGGAGUGGGCAAGAAGGAACUGCUGCGCACAUUCAACUGUGGAAUUGGACUCGUGCUGAUUGUCGCCCAGAAAUAUGUGGAGGAUGUUCGCCGUGGGAUACCAAACGCUUUAGUUAUCGGCAAUGUCAAGAAAAGAAAUGAAGGUAAGCCUCAGGUGAUAGUGAAGAAGUUUGGAGAAUUGUUCGAGACACCCAUGCUGCCACUCAUGUCAGUUUCCCAUGUCACUCAAUCUGUGUCAGUGCCAGGAAGCGAGUGGCAGUGCUUAUCUCUGGUAGGUGGCACUAACUUGCAGUGUCGCAAUGGGUGGCCAGACAAAUCUCCAGUGAUUUCAACAGAGCAAAGGUUGGAGUGGCUCAGCAAGCUGCUCUGA